UAUAGUCCAAACAACAUUUACUAGUUAAUAUAGUUUGUGAAAAUAACAAAAAAAUGCGAAAAGUGGGUAAAAGUAUAGAAGCAAUAAGUAUUUGUACGAUUCUUAUGACGAACCAUUUACAGCAGAGUUUGUAACGUAAACACAUUAGUUUAUUGCUCCGUGCGAAUUAGAAAACAUCAAAUUUCCAGUAAAGUACUUUUAAAAAAGGUUCUAAUAACGGAAUGGAAGAAGAUACCACUUCGAAUAACUAAUAAUUUACUUAACUAAUGCUUAGAAAAGUUACAAUAAUUAUAAAAUCAAAAGAAAAUCCUACGAAGAAAGUAUUAUAUACUUGUAAAUUAAUGUAAAUUUCUUUUUUUUUUUAAUGAAGUUUUAAAAAUUAAACGAAUACUUAUUUCUUCAAUAUUUCUAUCGAUUAAUUGUUUUUUCUUGUUAAUUUCGCAACUUACAUAAAUAGCUAUUUUUUUUUUGUAAUCUAUCCAUUCUAGAGAUUUCCGAGAAUAUAUAAAAUGUCAUUGUUUAUAAAAAAUAAGUUAAUAACAUUAACAAUUUUACAUUGUUAUUUUGGAAAUUGAUCGGUGUACGAAUACUUUCUACACUCACUGUAGAUAGAACCGGACGAACUCGACAUGGCAAAAUUAUCGAAUCAUCUUUCUAGCAUAGAAAGACCAGGUCUCAGAGAUGGACGAGAUUCGAUUUGAGUAAAAUCAACGUAUUAGCUAUUUAUUAAAUUUUCGUUCAGUGUGAAACAUGCCAUUCCAUACUUGGAAUUUCUACUCAAAAUUUGUAUCUAGAUGAGAGUUUUGUCCUUCUCUGCGUGGUCCCAGAAGAACUAUGCGAUGCGAGGGUUCGUAAGAAGAGAUGUUCCUCAACUUUGAGACCCAAAGCAGCAAAUUGGCUAAAUGUUCUCGACGGUACCAACCACUUCCGAGUGCUUCCGGACCGAUUCGCCAGAAAGCAGGAAUACCUGCGCACUGCCGACCCAGCAAGCAACGUGGAAAAAGCGCAAGUGGUUAUCAAAGCGCGAUAACGGGCCAACAACCUAACAGUUUACCUAAUCUCCCUUCCUGCACGAAAGGUCUGUGUAGCACAGAGAAUUGACUUCUCUCAUUGGUAGCGAACGUAGUGGUCGACGAGAGACGUAUUUCCCAUUGCGACGAUUGCUUCGAGACGUUCAUCCCAGUGACACACAGUCGGGCUUGGAAAGCAUUUGGUAAAGUCAGCCUUUGGUGUUUGGUGUUCCAUCUGGCUGCGAUACAUUACAUUGGACCAGCCAAUCUUUCUUUCUAACGCAUACCACGCUUUGGCCGCACCCGAGCUUCUGUUCCCGUCGGACUGCCCGACAAACCCUCAGACAAUUACUCAUAAGAUUCAGGGCGAGUACUUGCGCUUAGGGUACACGACUCCCUAAUGCACCCUCCCGCACGGCGCUCUCUGUUAAGGCCCAGCAACUGAAAGGAUCUGAUGAAUAAUUUGAUUUUAAAACGCUUUUGUACGAAGCGUCGAGUAUUCACCGUUCUCUCUUUGUUGUGUUAAACUAGAAAAUUGUUUUGAUUAUGAGUAUAUUAUAAGUACGUAGUAAUAUCUUGAUAGGUUGCCUUCAACUAUUAGGUUGCCCCAAAAGUUUUGACUUGCAUUCAGUUAUUUUGUGUGGCACUGUUUAUAUAAAUAGACAACCUAAUUUCUUAGAUGUUAAAAAUUGUGUAUGUAUUAUUAGGUGGACUGGAAAGUAAUGUCGUUUAUUUUACAUUAAAUUAUGUAAUCGUCCUCGUUAUCAACAGCCUUUUGCCAUUUAGUGUAAAAAUGUUGAAUGGCAGAUCGGUAAAAAUCAAUGAGCUAGUGAGUGAUAAAGUAUUUCAAAUUGAAAAAACGACAUUACUUUCCGGUCCACUUAAUACUUAUGAAAUUUUUGGGACAACCUAACAGUAGAUCUCUCGAGUCUGUCCUUCCAUUUGUCAGACCUUAGUAGCACCUACUGCAGCCAUCGCGUGCAUUUGUAUGGCGUCGUUGGAUUCUAAUCCCGAUUGUAACGAUUCGUCGAGCAGCUCCGACUUUGUUUUCGAAUCGUCAAGCGGAUCGGAAUACGAUGAAUUCUGUGUAAGAAGCGCUGGCUCGAGCCCAGAUCGUGUCACUUAGAGGGGGAGGUAGUCGAAACUUGAUUGCUACAUAAUUAAUAAGGCCGCCGCAAAUUUGUAAGGCGCGGCGCAGGAGAGGUCACCAAGAGGGUCGAAAGGGGUCAAUUUUUAUUAUGUAUCGAUCCUCUUCGUAAGCCUUUGCAAAUGAGAAAUGGCGGCUUAACACCGAGGCUCGCUGCGCGCCAGCUGUUCGAAGCAGUAGUAGGGAUAACCACGCGUCUCUGGAACAGGCAAAUUUCGUGCCACUUAUAGACCGAGAGCCCGCGACAUUAAAUUUCGGCCAAUUUCAUUACAAAUAUCCUUUUGCUAUUUCACUGUUUUCUACUAAAGAAUACAAAUAAUCCAAGGCUGGCAGAGCACAAACGGUGCAUCGCUCCGCUAGAAAGUCGGAAACAUGUAAGAAAUAACAUUCUAUGAAUCUAUCUUUGAUCGAAAUCAUUAUUACUGAAAUUUUUAGAAUGUAUUGUUGACAUACCAAAUUGCAUAAAAAAGUUGGUCUGGCAGUCGGAAAACCUUGUCGAAAAAACGAAGUAGUUUGACUGAAAUCAUUAUUUCUGAAACUUUUUCUAUAAACAAUAUGUAAUACAUAGUGUUAAAAAAAUUUGGUCUGGCAAACUUUGAGUGGUGAUAAAUCGGUCUGGCAGCCGUUUAAAAGAGCAAACACAUAUGCGCGCUGUGAAAUUUCAUGACUUAUUCAAGUUAAAUAAUAAUAAUAAUUGUAUGAAAUAAAAAUCACCCCAGCAAUAUUUUAUACAUAACUAAUGUAUAUAAUGUUUAAAAAUAAUUAUUACUUUAUAGUUUUAUUAGAUUAUCGAGAACCCAACGCCGGUAACGCAUGUGUGUUCGUUCUUUUAAACGGCUACUAGACCGAUUUAACACCACUCAAAGUUUCCCAGACUAAAUUUUUUUAACGCUAUGUAUUACAUAUUGUUUAUAGAAAAAGUUUCAGAAAUAAUGAUUUCAGUCAAACUACUUUGUUUUUCCGACAACGUUUUCCAACUGCCACACAGUGCGGACAAAUAACAAAAUUGUGGACAAAAAUCAAAAUUUCAUUACUAAUAUAAAUAUAUUGUUAUUUAUUCACAAAAAAAUUAAAAUUAACCAUAAACAUUAAUAAAAUCACAACAAAAUUAACAAUUUUAACAAAAAAUUAACAAACCCCGACUUUGAUGAAACUUUGUAUACUUGUUUGUGGGACUUUCUUAUGAAUUACACCAUCCUCGGUACGUGCGACUUUUGCGUUUUGAGGGAGAAAUUAACCCUUUAGUCCGAGUCGCUCCUUUUACUGUUGCUCGGAAACGAUUAGAGAUUUCAACAAAAUGUCCAAGCAAACGUUACACUAUUUAUAGAGGCCUAUAAAUCAAUACCAACAAUUUUUUUUUUUUAAAUUACUCCACCGCCCCCUCGAAAUUUUUGAAAAUUUUGAUUUGUUUCUGGAUCAGUAAAAGCAUCUUUUUAUUCUGAAUCCAACGGUAUGUAUGAGUUUAUGAUUAUAAAUAAUAGAAGUUGCUAUUAUUUAUUAUAAUAAUAGCAUAUGUUAUUUAACAUAAUAUGCUUCAUUUUGGCUGAGGAUGUGAGGAAUAAUUUUUAUAGAAAUCCAUAAAUCAAUCAAGUCAGAAUUUUUAACUUCCAAUUGUGACCCUACACCAACAGUACGGUCCCUUAUUAAAAAUUAUGUAAAACCGAACGUUGCAAGUAUUUGCAAAAAAACUUAUAAGUUUCUUGAUAUAUAACAAAUAAUCUAUCCAAAUACGUUGAGAAUUCAGGAUAUUUUUUGCCGUUUUAUCUGUAUGUUUGUUUAAAGAUAAAGAUUGUAUUAUGGAUACAAAUGAUUGAUACAUGAUUAUUUAUAACAAUUUCCACGCUGACACACAUUUUCUACGAUAGAAAUCUGCCUCACAUUUUGAUACAUAUAUACUAAUAUUGAAUUUUGUCCACUUAUUCCGCACUGUGUGCCAGACCCAUUUAGCACCGCUUACAAUCUGCCAGACCAACUUUUUUAUGCAAUUUGGUAUGUCAACAAUACACGCUAAAAAUGUCAGUAGUAAUGAUUUUGGGCAAAAAUGAAAUUAUUAUAAUACGCCAUAGUGAAGCGUUGCACCACUGAAUUCAUGCCAGACCAAGCAUUUCUGAACUAGGGAGACAUACCAUCUUCGGAAAACAGGUUCAUUUGUGUAAUGAAAUGAGUCACCAAUUUCUGUCGCAGACUCUCGGACUAUUAAACAGGAUUCCUUGUUAUCGAUAACAUAAAACACAGCAACCAAAAUUUCUUAUUUUUACUUUUUUAAACCAUCUCUACGCGAACGAUAACAAUCCAAUGGUCGAGCAUGUAACCCCAUUUAAUUCCAUGGCUCGCGGAAACUUUCGAAAGACAAUCAAUGGUUUCGUCUGGCACUUUGCAAAGUAAACGUUGUCGGAUGAAAUUAAUGAUCUUCCUUCAAUCUCGUUUGAUUGCAGGCCUCUUUCCCCCGUGGCGCCUGUACUCCCGCUAUACCUGUAUACAUAGCUCGCGGUAGAGUUCGAGCGCCACUUUUUCUUUCCGUCCCUUUCCUUUGUCAGGAUUUUCUACGGGAAUUUCAACGAUAAGAAUGGGGCUAAUCCGUUCGACGCGCAAAGAAGCGAAAUACGUUCCAUUUGUCCGCAAUACGAUCGGCUGCCACGAGGUAGCAGGUCCUUAACCUGCUUCAGAACGUCGGGAAUCGUAAACGAUCCGUUGAGCCGAAAGAUAUCCAGAUGGAAGGGGGCGUUAGACCUUUGGCAAAAGCCCCCGACAGACGUCUGAAGUACUUGCAGUCAAACGAGUCUCUAACUGAACGCGAUACUCGACGCUGCGCUGACAUAGGACAAUGUUCGAAAAUGGCCAGUCUCGGUGCUCGGGGAAGUGAAAGCUUUGGUGUUGAUUAUUCUUGCGCAGAAAGAAAUUGGAGCAUUUUAUCUCUAUUGUAGAUCAAUUUAAACAUAUUGAAAUUUAAUUCGUUUAAGAGUCUUUUAUGCUUUUUGCAUAAUUAACUUAUCGAUUUAUAGGGAAGUUAUUGUAUUUGCCCAUAAAAUGAAAAAUCGAUUUUUUAGCAGAUCUCCAUGUUUCAAGGUCAUUGGAGUCAUUUUAGCCUAUUUUUUACAAAUUGUUCGCGUGCGUGUGUGCGUAUGUAUGUACGUAUGUAAAGAAAUUUUUCGUUAACGUUUUUUAAAAAACUAAUAGCUAGAUCAAAAUGAUCGAUGAUGCAAUCGAUGUGUAUCAACCUAACUUAGAGCUGAUUAGAUUUUGUUCUAAUUCGGUCCAGUAGUUUUUUAGUUUUUUUUUAAAGAAAACUUAACUCAAUAACGCAAUCUAGAUGGGAGAAUAUAAAUUUAUGAGCGAAUAACUAAACGGAAAUAAUAUAUAUACACAUGUAUUACUAUUAUUACAUUUGUAUGCAUAUGUACAACACAUGUAUAUAUACAUACAGGGUGCUCCAAAAGUAUGGAAAUAGUCAAAUAUUUUCAAAAUGGAACAUUUGUGAGAAAAACGGUUUAGAGAAAUGUUUUAGGGUUUCAAAAAUUCUAUUGAACGAUCGUGUCCGUUUGACCUUCAAAGGACCGGUCAAAGUCACGUCAAGGUCAACAUGAUUUUUUUUAAUGGAACACCUCAUUUUUUUAUGAUGCACUGUGAAAGCUGGCUAUAAGACAUUUUCAAAACACUAGUUUCAAACAUUUUUUUUAUUCGCGAUAGAUGGCACUGUAAUCGAAAAUCGGGAAGUUCACAAAAUACACAAAAUAAACAUGAAUAGCUACAUGAAUUAAGCUCGCGAAGCGAACGAGCAACAAUUCCAGCUAGUUUCAUUUUACUGUUUUACUUAACGCCCUAUACCACAGUGCGCGCGCGGUAAGUGGGUGUAUUUUUAAUCAUUUUUUUUCAGCAAAGGAUGAAUGUUUUUUUUUUUUUUCAUUGAUACUUCUAUCCAAUAUAUACAUAAAUAAGACAGUACACAAAUUUUCUUAUCCAAAUAUCACGAAUAGUUUGCGGUGUACGCCGCUACCAAAAGAACACUCUGCCGAAGUUGCUGCUUGGUGGUUGACAGCGAUUAAGCUAUACGGUUCAUCUAAAGAAAAAAAAAAAAAUAUAUAUAUAUAUAUUUAUAAACUAGACAUAUAGGUUUACAGCACCACGUAGCGAUUUCUUUAUAAAGGGUCCCCUUGUAUUUGAUUUUUAUUCAUAAACAAUGAAAAUUGUCUGUGAAAAUGGGAAAUAAAAUUCGCUGGUCCGCCAUUUCCUUUUUUUUCUAGAUAUCGAAAUUUCCCUACGCGAUGCUAUAAACCUAUAUGUCUAGUUUAUAAAUAUAUAUAUAUAUUUUUUCUUCUUCAGAUGAACCGUAUGGCUUAAUCGCUGUCAACCACCAAGCAGCAACUUAGGCAGAGUGUUCUUUUGGUAGCGGCGUACACCGCAAACUAUUCGUAAUAUUUGGAUAAGAAAAUUUGUGUACUGUCUUAUUUACGUAUAUAUUGGAUAGAAGUAUCAAUGAAAAAAAAAAAAAACAUUCAUCGUUUGCUGGAAAAAAAUGAUUAAAAAUACACCCACUUACCGCGCGCGCACUGUGUUAUGGGGCCUUAAAAAUGUUUCACUUCCAACGAGUAGGAAAAGGGGUCGAAAAUGGUUUCGACCGUUGCCCUUUCUGCGGUCAGAAACGGAACGGGUACAAGUAUCGGGGCGUAAAUAAAAAAUUGGAGCAACGCUGGAAGCAACUAUUUAUUUGAAUCGAGCAAGAGAUGCACUGUCCCAGUGUCCGUGAUGUGUACUGUACGCUCGAUGAUCGUGUUCGCGUCGGUGUGCGUAGGCUUAUCUCUGGGAGUACGCGAGGUUGAAAUUAUUCAGCCGGUACCGGCACAGACUGUACCGAGUCCGCGCUACGCUUCUGAGAAAAUAAACUCUCCCGCGCUUCUUCGGUGCCCGUAGCCCCGUAGCGCGUCCAGUGGCGGGUCUAGGCUCGUAGGGGCCCCGAGGCCAGUGAGUAUUUUGACCCUCGAGAGAAUCAAACAGGAUGGUACUUAAAUUUAAAUAGAAUCAGAGAUAGUGGCAUCCUUCGAGAACAAAAACAAUUUAUCUCGAAUAUUCUUGAAUAAUACCUACAUAGACAAACAUAGAAGAUUAGUGUCGAUACUUAUUGGAUAUGGGAGUUCUAAAUAAUCAAUUACGCUCUAUAUUAAAAAAAAUAGAUUUUAUUUGUCACGAGGGCUGCAGAGUUCUUUUCGUUAUGAGAUCUCAGACUUGACUAACUAAAACUUCGACCCUAGAAGGAAAUCAGGGUCCUCUGAUAUCUGAUAUCUCCCGACUGUUUAUGUUUCACGUCGCACACAGUUCGACUUUUAAAACAAAGUAUCGACGCCGAUACGUAGGAGUGAAACACUUCGGAGAACGCCGAUUCAAUUUUGAACAAAGAACAAUUAGUUCAUUCUUAGUUAAGCGUAUUGAUAAUCCAACAAUACUACGCUAGAUUCGGCACUGAGCCACUUACGCUUCUUUCGCGAAUUCGCUUCCUCGAAGAUCGUAGUUGAUUCGAGUAGCCAACGCUUCCCUCUGUCGCGGGGGCCACAAGGGGACGACGAGCUCGUCGACUGCGCAAUUCGCGUUGCAGACAAAAAGAAAACGCGGAGACGGUGAAAAAAGGUGGAAAAGAAGAAAAAAAAAAGGGACCGAGAGGUGAACGGGAUAUCGAAUUUUUUUUUCUUUUCGCGACCCCUCCCCGCUCCCGCUUCGCGCCUAUAUUGAUUUUUAGAAAUUCUUCGCGAGACGACCGAACGAACGCGGCGAAAUGGACCGGCAAAGGAAAGCGCGCAGAAACAAAGCUGCUGGGAAAGGAACGCGUGCCUCGCGUCGCGGUCGUAGGGCGCUGCCGCGCGCCGUUUUGCGAAACCUUUUAACGGGCAACGUCCGAUAUAAACGGGGGAACGUAAUUAACUUGGAAGUUAUCGUCUUGAGAAGUCCCCGUCGAGCAGAGACGGGGCGAAAUUCUUGCCCGAAUACAAACAAUUUCGAAUAAAAGAUAAACAACCGAAGGGAGGGAGUAAUUCCUUGGGUCGAGCUCCGUGUGAAAUAAGAAAUCUCAAUUUAAUCGAAUGGAAUUUAUUUGUUUGCCGUUGGGAGUCGUAAACGAGAUAAACAACUUUUAAACCGGUGUUUGUUCGAUAAAAGUUACAAUCUGAAUUAUACAAUCAAAUUAUGCUCCGCGUCGAACAAAUAAUUGAACGUUUAAUCGAGAGAACGUUGCGAAUAAAUCGUUGCAUAGAGUUUCUAUUAGUCAACUAUUAUUCCAAUAAAAUUGUACCCAUCUCUGCUGUCGAGUUGAACGGAUCGUUUUUUGUCCUCUUCUGUAAGGUGACUCUCCGAAGACCUAUUGCGUAAUUCAUUAGUAGAUAUUCUUCUACUGUUUUUCAUAAGCUCGUCUAACAUUUCAUCCCGUUUUGUUUAUAUCGUUGCGUUUUUAUCCGGCUGGUACGUUUCUCGUCUCGAAGUUUAAAAGCAUCGAAUAACGAGAUUCGUGUCUCACGGUUUUCAUAAAACUGUGGAAAACGUUUGUAAGAUAUUUAUUAUAUUCUUCUUGGACCGUUCAUUUGAAACGACCUUUGUAUGCCGAGGCUUCUUCAAAGUAAAAAAUGAAAUAUGAAUUCGUAAGUUUCUAUGAAGCUACAGUGGGUGUAGAGUGUAUUCGUACAACGAUCAAUGUCCCAAAAAACUUUUGUGUGAAAUUGUAGUUUCUUAACUUCUUUUUUCGUAAUCAAUGAUAUUUUACAUAUUCUCGGAAGUCUCUAAGAUAGAUAUAGUCCAAACAACAUUUACUAGUUAAUAUAGUUUGUGAAAAUAACAAAAAAAUGCGAAAAGUGGGUAAAAGUAUAGAAGCAAUAAGUAUUUGUACGAUUCUUAUGACGAACCACUUACAGCAGAGUUUGUAACGUAAACACAUUAGGUUAUUGCUCCGUGCGAAUUAAGAACCAUCAAAUUUCCGGUAAAGUACUUUUAAAUAGUUGUCCGAAUACUUAUUGCUUCAACAUUUCUAUCGAUUAAUUGUUUUUUUCUUGUUAAUUUCGUAACUUACAUAAAUAGCUAUAUUUUAUUUUUGUAAUCUAUUUAUUUUAGACAUUUCCGAGAAUAUGUAGAAUGUCAUUGUUUAUAAAAAAUAAGUUAAGAAACUACAAUUUCACACAAAAGUUUUUCUGGAAAUUGAUCGAUGUACGAAUACUUUCUACACCCACCGUAUAAAGUCGAUCGAGUCUUGACGAGCUUAACGGUUAUUAUUUUACAUUUUGUUUUUGCGAGUCACUCCCUCCCCUCGAUUAAUCCACUGAAAUGAGAUUUUACUGAAUAUCGAUUUCUAUUAUUUUAGAGCAAUUUGAGAACCCCUGUGUUAGAUAAUGCAUCGCAUUUGUCGUGUACGGAAUUUCCGCUAGUGGUUUGAAACAUUGUAGAACAAUAGGAGAGUAAAUAAUACAAGAGCAUAGAUGGGAAAAAUUCUUAUCUAGAAUUUAAAUGAAAAAUUCGAGCUGUUUAUCUGUUAUUCGUUGAUUCAAAAUUAAAAUCUCUGUUACAGAAUAAAAGUACAUUUCGUGAAUGUAUUCGCUACGCGAUACCUUUAUUUGUCAUUGAUACAUAUAAUUCCAAUAAAAUUUUGCUCAUCUCUGCAGAAGGCUGUGUAAAUUUCAUACGAUAUAUUUUCACAAGAAUAAUAGUCUCUCGCCUUGUAAGAACGGAACUCGAGAAGUUUCCGUUGGAACGGUUUGAACACUUGGUCGGAUAAAACGCGUAAAAUAAUCGUAAAAAAGCGUGGUGCACGAGUUGGGAAGUAUUCUUACGAAUACGUUGAUGGGAUUUGUUUCCAGCAGCGGGAAAAUUCCCACCCACGUUAGACAUAAUGCGAGACGGCCCUGCUCGUAGUCGAAAGUAAUCGAAGGUAGUCGAAGUUGUCCGAGGACAGUGGAAAAUAGUGGGACGUUUCUCCUCUUUCGCUUCUGCUCGCCCCUCUGUCCCCCACCAUCGCGCGCACAGAUCCCUUCCCUCUAACUCGGCUGGCUCUCUCUCUCUCUCUCUCUCUCUCUCUCUCUCUCUCUCUCUCUCUCUGUUUAUCACGGUCUCGUGUGGCGGUUCUCUCGAUCGUUUCCUCCUCCCUCUCUGUCUCGCUUCGACUGGUUGUCUCCCUCUCUGUUCCCUUCCGUCUUUGUCGUUCUCUGUCGCUCCUUCUUGCUCGUUCGGCUCGUUCUUAACGUCAAACCACUUAGGGCCGCGGACCUCGGCAGUCAGUCGAUCUUUCCUAGCAGCAGCAUUCCGGCAUUUUCCACCUGAUCGCGCGCGAGCGGUCCGGCAAACGCCAUUUUGUGCGAUCACGUCUUCGUUUCACGUUAGAAGAGACCGAUCCUCGUGCGUAAAAAACGUUCGUAUGUGCCGCGCGCCCUUCCACGCCCCGUGGAACACCUGCGUUUACCGAAAACACAACAAACGAAGGCGACGCACUUUGUAACACACGCGCGCGCGUUGUUGUCGUCGACGUUUACGACGUUGUCGUCGUGUUUUGUGCCGGUGGUUUUCACUUGGAACGUAUUCGCCGUUCCGUCAGGUGAGAACGGACAUAUUCGCGUAUUCUGAAAAGGACGCCGACGGCGUGUUGUUUUUGUCCGUCGACGAGACCCGCACGGAACACGGAGUGCGUGACCCCUGCGCGUGGUGUUCUCUACACGUUUUUCUCUCCGGUUCAGCCACGUUCAGGACAACGCUGGGAGACAACACAAGGAGAACAACGUGAGGAGAGUGAGGCGCGGCAACGCAAAGGGAAAUCACGAUCGACGCGCACAUCCGAACUGAUGCAAGCGUAAAUGCUUCGUGCACUUUCGGCGUGGAAACAUUCGUCCGAUUGAUAGAGGCCCCGGGUCGGUUUGACUUCGGGAACGAGCCUAACGAGUGGCCUCCCAUCCACCGAUAUCUUGGCGGUGGGAUCACGGUGAACCACAGCAACGGGUCCAGGCUGUUCCAGAGUCGGUGGGUCUACCAGAUUCGCGCAUGCUUCAGCAACGAGGCGGUUCAUCCACGACACCUCCCGCGACGUCAUCGUCCAACAUGUUCCCCCAACAGUAUUGUCUACGAUGGAAGUACCAUCACAGCAACCUACAGACCAUGUUCUCACAGUUGCUGGAGCGGCAAGCGUACUGCGACGUCACUCUGGCCUGCGAGGGCAAGACUCUGAGAGCGCACAAGGUGGUGCUGUCAGCGUGCAGCACGUACUUCGACACAAUUCUGUCCCAGUACGAGGAGAAAGACCCGAUCGUCAUAAUGCGUGACGUGAAAUUCUCGGAUAUCAAGGUCCUGGUCGAGUUCAUGUACAAGGGAGAGAUCAACAUCGAUCACACGAGACUGUCGUCCCUGUUGAAAACCGCGGAAGAUUUACACAUCAAGGGUUUGGCCGAGGUGAGCUGGCGCAGCGAUUCCUCGCAAAACGACCUGAGCAACAGCGGUCACAGUCCCGGCGCGGCACCUCCAGGCGUCGAGACGGUCCUCAGGGAAGGGGACGCCGACGAACCACCGCCUCCGAAACAGAGACGCAGAGGGCGUCCGCCUCUGGACGAUCCACCCUCGGCACACGACGUCUUCACACCGAAAAUCACCUGCAUUACUGGAAAUGAGGAAAUGAUGAGCGAGGGCGGCGACCACGAGAGCUGGGACGACGAGAUGAUGAUCAACGAGAGUAACGAAACGCCACUGCCGGUGCUAUCGUACAUGUCCAAGGACGAGAGCAUAUGCGACCAGGAAAAGAAAGCAGUGUUCUCUACACCCUCGAAUUCCAACGCCACGAAUCCAUCGAUCCCCGAGCAAUUCCGAGACGUCGUCAAGAUGAACGAUUACCUGACGACGGGACGCCGCCAAGAGUUCUGGGAGGAGCCGUUCACGCGACGCGUUAUGGACGCCAUUAAGAGCAAAGAACUGGAAAUGAAGACUGCCGCCGAGAUACUUGGCGUGUCCUAUGGAACCCUCUACGGCAGAUAUCGCGACAGUUAUGGCUGCCUGAAGCAUCCGUAUAGAGUAAGGGACUUCUGGUCCGAGCCAGGCCCGGCGGAGGUGCUGGCCAAGCUCCGAAGGAAGGAGAUCACGUUGUUCCGCGCCGCAGAGUUCCUCAAUGUGACCGUCCAUACGUUGGCGACCUAUCUGUCGACGCUGCAGGGCCCCGACAGGAUCUCCCUGGCCGGGGACCUGAGCAUGGCGUCGGGCGCGAUCGACGGGAACAACGAGACGCCGGAGAACAACGACACGAUGAACGACAUCCUGCAGAAGAUCAACGCGAACGCGGCCACAGCGGGGACACCGCCGUCGUCGACGCCCAUCAAGCGGGAAGGCGGCGGUUACAUCGACGUGCCGACGGCGGUGCCGAAGGCCGCCACCUCCGUCCUGGAGAACAACCCUGACAUCACCAUCGUGAAGACGGAGAACACGCCGCGCAAGCGAGAGUACGCGAAAGUCUCGAACACGGAGAACAACAACGCAAAGCUGAUGAGCGGCGGCGCGGUAAGCGAGGUGACGCAGCAAACCACGCAGCAGCAACAACCGUUGCAGCAGCAGAAGAUCACCGACCAGUUGUCGUUGAACAACGACAACAGCAAACCCUAACUAUUCAGGCCUUAUCUGCAGCCGGCGAAUCCCCGUGCACCGAGCGCUAGCUACAACAGGUCCGAGCUGUGCCCGCGCAGUUUCUACUCGAACGUGUUUACCCGCUUUCUCACGAAUUUUCAUUUGAAGUAGAAGAAAAGGGGACACCGCGUGCCCCGCUGAGAAACGUUAUCAUCGUCGCUGCCUUCUCCUCCCAUUCGUUGACGCUCCGCCGCACGCCAGCAGAGAGUAGCUUUUAGACAAUCUCGCGUGUACGAUCGUCCUCGUGGCACCUGGCUGGACGUUGCAUCGAGGGAGAGCCUCGAGUUGAUCGGAGAUUCAAAGACAGGGGAUGUACAGGCCGGGACGUCCCGAACAGGCCACGCGAAAUUCAGUUGACUUUUAGGCGGUAGACGGUACCGCUGCCCAACGGAUCUUGCUUGGAAUUAUGGAUAAGGAUGAAAAGAAUUUUUGUGUAUUAUUGCUGCGAAGGGACACCUACAAAGCCCUCUUAAAGCGAAGGCUUUUUGACCCAUUCGCUGCCAACUACGAGGUAUAACGCAGAUUUAUUGCAUUUGGUCCCUGUUUCUAGCCGUUUGAGUUAGGAAUUCUUAGAAAGGGUAAACAAGAAUUUUAUAUAAUGUUUUUAUUUAAAAUAAUAAUUUUAAUAUAAUUUUUUACUUAGAUUACACAUCUAUAUUAAAUCUUGAAACGCUCUUAAGGGAGUGGACUCCCGUGCCUUGUAUGUGCUGGUACGCACUCACAUAGCUCCACAUCACUGUAUACGUACACGGAACUGCAAGGGCUCGCGUAUUAUUCUAUUUUUGUCUCGACAAUGCAAAUUUUUAGACCUCUCAAUAGUCGUUUCCGCUAGAUAAAUGUUCAAACUUGUGCGCAAGCUCCUAUAGGUAGUCUAUAAUUAACAGCGUAUUCAGCAGCGUAUGUUAGUUCAGACAACGCGGCAGGACUGUCGCACCACUAUAUUGCUUCUUUUGAUCGCGAAAUAGUGCUGAAUAUUAUUAAUUAUGACACAAAAAAGUAAAAGUAGACUCUACCUAUAGGAGCUUGCGUACAAGUUUGAACAUUUAUCUAGCGGAACCGACUAUUGAGAGGUCUCAAAUUUGCAUUGUCGAGACGAAAAUAGGACAAUACGCAAGCCCUUGCAGUUCCGUGUACGUAUACAGUGAUGUGGAGCUGCCCGAGUGCGUACGAGCGCAUACAAGGCAUGGGAGUCCACUCCCUUAAUUCGCUUGACAGCGAAUGGGGCUAAACAAGUACGACUGCAUGUUUUCUAACCCCAAAAGAGGACAAGUUUGUUCGAGGUAAUUAGUACCGGUCCAGCCUGAGUUACAAUCCGCUGCGAAUCUCUGGUUUGGAUAUUUUUAGAAGCAAAUGGCAAGCAGGAUUCGUCCGAACCAUAUUUACCCAUCGCCGAAAGUUAUUCGGGUGGCCUGCUCCGGGUGCCUCUGCGUACACCUUUGGAUCUCGCACCCGCGGGUGCAACACCAGCCGCGUAAUAUAUUUUCCGAGUAAAGAGAGACAGAGUGUGUCCGAACUAGAGAGCGAUUCCUUCGCAAAAGUUAGUACCUAGCGAUUAUACGUACAUGGUUCUUCGUUACUUCAGAAUUGGUUCGCUUAAAUCCAAGUCGCCGGUAGCCGAUAAUAUGUCGAUCGUGUUUUGGCCUUCGGUAGCAAGGAAGCGGGGGCGAGACGAAAACAAGGGAAUGAAACGAAACGUGUAAUUAAAAGUUCAAUCGAAGUUCCUUUUGAAUAACGAUGCGCGUAGGGUGUAUCGCGAAAAGAAUGCCUAGACUAUUUUCUGCCGCAUGUGUCUGUAUGGUAGCACGUAAAGAGCGACAAUAUUAUUCACCCUACACCCCCCUCAACCCUCCUGCCCCGGCCCCUGUAGGUCGAUCGAAGUAUAGCGAUCCUAGCCCAGAGGUCCUUCGAAGGAAUAGACGUUUCUCGUGCCGCGAUCGUCGCGAUCCGUAAGCGAAACACUGUUGAAAAAUACACCGCUGCAAACUCGAAGAAGCCUUAACUAUCGUUAGAGUUCGGAAAAGUGCGCGUUAGCCGACAAGAUUCUAACGUAUCAUUUUCGUAUGCACACGCUUCCACCGUGGAACAGUGAUUCUUAAUAUAUUUUAUUAGAUAAUUUUAUUUAAUUCAGGUUUCCAUGUCUCCCAUGUUUCCCAACGUAACGACUGAAACUUUUUGUAAAAUAGAAAAGCACCUCUGCCUUUGAAACUGCACACACUUUUAAUCUCUGGGUUGCUUUUAAGAAUUUGCACGAAGGCAUUAGGAGGAGGAAACAUGUACGUGGCCUGUGUAGAGGUGGUCAGUAGACACAAAUCUCCUAGGUAACAUAUUAAUGUCCUAAGGUCUUCUGGCUUUCCGCCUUUUAUAAUCUGGAAAAUAUUGUCUAAAUACGGCACAUGGGCCAGUGCUCUUUUGGCAGCUAUUUCCCACUGGUGGGAGAACCUCGGAUCUGAUCUUAUGUAAUCAAUUAGCACUGUCAAGGGCCCCAACGAUUGUUUCAAUAUUCUCCUUUGUUCGAGACGAAAGGUAGACCCCUCCAUCAGGAUAUGAUGGCGUUCAUACACUCCGUAUUGCGACACCUCAAAGUUGGUUGAUUCCCCGUCUCUUCGUACUACCAUUUCAUGAUGACCGAGACAUAAUUCAGAAAAUCUCAAGUCGAACCCACGCAAGUAGCACAUGAGAGUGUUGGCUAGACCAUACCAGUUUGCCUGGUCAUCGAACUUAAAUCUCUCAAAGGGAAUACCUUCCUCUUGAGCUUUUUCCGAGACAAGUUUGUAACAAACUUCUUUUUCCACCGAGUAACUAUUUCCUCUAAAUGUUACUUGAAAACUAGUACUUGUAAUCCUCGUCUCCAAAAUGUUGUCGACGCGUUGUUUUAAAACUGCGUAACACUGAAAUAAGAUCUUCUGGAUCUGACAACCUAGACUUAUGUCGAGACAACUGUCUCUAGGGAGCUUUAGCAAGUCAUAAAUUCCUUCAUGGGAUGCUAUAACAAAAUCAAUGAUCUUCAUUUUCUUGUCGCGGUCAUCAUUGCGUGGUUUCUUUGGGUCAAUAGUCUUCUGGUUAGGAUCGUCCGUAUCAGCUGUGCGCUUAACAGCUCUGUGUUUCAAGUCCAACUGCCACCUCUACAUCUUCUACAGAUAAACUGCUGGAGGCCAUCUUAGAGAGCUUUUCUGUAAAUAUCAGUGGGAAUAGUAAAAGGAUCUGUUUUUACCAACUUUGACCUAACUCAGACCUAAUUUAGACGAAUCAGUCCUAACCUUAUGUUAUUCAAAGGAUACGGCUGCAACCGUAUCAGCAAAUAUCAUCCAGUAAUUCUUACCUUUCCUAAGUCGGUGGUUUAGAAGAUUUUUAGUAUUUUUGUUGAGCUCACAAAACGAUUUGACAAAGGUCUUGAUCAAGAGUUAUCACAACAGUUUAACGAUAGUAAGGUUUCGCCUUGUAUUUUAAAUCAGUUUUUACGAGCUUCGAUAUUUUAACGCUUUCGACCUUUCCUCUAAAAUCAUCUUCAGGAACACGUAACUCAAAUUAAAUUAGAUAGAUUGUUAAUAUAAUUAAAAUUCAACACCGUGUAACCUUGGGUUUAUCGGAUUCUUGUAACGCGAACUUGAAGUGCGUCGCAAAUGAAGUUAGCGUUAUCGUUAGAAAUUAUAAUAUCGCUGAGUCUUUUGUUUUUCUAUCGACAGCAAGUCCCCCUUUUCUAGAUAACGAUUUAUGUAGCGAUAUUCCUACGUUGAAUACUUUAAUAACGUCAAGUUUUAAAUUACCUAUGAGGAUCGAAAACGAUCGAGUUAAAAUAUCGAAUUAUCAUAGAGACUACAUAAAGUGUACAACGAUUAAGAAUCACUGCCACGCCAUUUUGUAAAACGAUACGAGUUCUAUUUUCUUUUUUCCUCGCACAGUCUCGUGUCUAUCGCUUCGUCCCCCUUUUGUUUUCUUACAAACGGUACAUGGAGUAGAAUUUAUCGCACGUAGAGGAGGGGUACAUUUUAGAAUCGACGUUUAGAUAUUACGCGCGAGCUUUCCUUUUUCUCUAAUCUUUUUCUUUUUUUUUAUAUAUAUAUAUAUGUAUAUGUAUAUGUUAUACGCUGUAGAGAAUUUAAGUGGCUUUUAUUUAAGCGACGAAUCGAUGUCAAAAGGUGAUUUAUCUCGAGAGGAAAAAAAAAGGAAGAAGAUACGUACGCGCAUUAAACGUCCAUUGUAAAUAUCGGUGCAAGUAGCGAGACCUAAAAUUAAUCUUAUAUAUUAUUUCGCCGCGGGUGUAUACGCGCAUGCGCGAGCGCGCGCUUUUUUUAAAUCGGGUGAAAAGACGAGAAAACGGUGAAACGAAUGGAAAGGGAUGUAUACGACUGGUUUUUUUUUAAUAUUGCCGUGCAAUAGCGUUCGGGUCUUUCGCUGGUAAAGGUUAAAAGAAAGUAGAACGAGAGGGGAAAAAUAUCGACGGGUAAACGUCGAGAAUAGAAUAAAUCGAUCGAAACGAUGCCUUUCGGUUGGUGCGCGCCAUCUCGCGAUUUCCGUUUGUUAGUUUACUUCCGUAUGUAUAUCGAGGGAGGCGUUUGAUUGUUUUCUUUUGUCGUCGUCUGCGCAACGCUGGACGCUGGAAACGCGGGAAAUCGAAACCGUUAUUUAAACCGUACUUCUCCCCGCGCCUGGGGGGCUAAUUCUUUUAUUAUUACUAUUAUUUUCUUUUUCUUUUUUCUUUUUUUUUUUUACUGGAAAACGAAACGAGUAUUCCUGUUCGAUGAUAUGGCGGUUAACGAAGCCGAGCAAAGCAAAAUGGGGGAAAAAAAAAAGAAAAACACUAUGUAAGAACUAAAUAGUAUAGUAGAUGUAUUCUCGAUAUAUGAUAUUUUUCGACGAUAAUAAGACUUUAGUUGCGUUUUGGGAGGACUCACGCGACGAGAAGAGGGUACUUGUAAAGUAAUCCGAGGUGAAUCCCGUGUGUAAUACUGUAAGAGUCGUGGAGAAAAGGAGGAGAAGGAGGAGGAGGAAAAACACAGACGGUGUGUUCGUUGGAUAAUUAACUUGGACAUAACGAGGAGAGAUGGAAACGAAACAAAGAAGAAAAAAAAAGAAGAAACAAACAAACAAACAAACAAAGCGGUACUGUGAAGUAUGUACAUACAGAAAGUGUAGGUUUAUAUAGAACGGGUGGAAUGCAUGGGGAACGUGAGAACAUUAUACAUAUAUAUAGAUAUAUAUAUAUAUAUAUAUAGAUAUAUAUAUCCCUUUUUCUCUAGAGAAAAAUUCUAAAAAUCGACUGACUACUAAUUGAUAAAGAUGAUGUUUAAAUGAUAGAUCGCUCCGCGAGCCAGGAGGAUAGCGUGACGAGGAACAGAGUAGUAUUUUCCGGAACGCGAGAAAGCUAUUUUACGUUUUCUUUUUCCGUUCGUUUUUAUUUUACGUUUUACUUUCGUGUUUUUUUUUCCUUUUUCGCCCCCCCCCCUUGAUUUUUUUGUUUGUUUUUUAGCGAACGUAUCAAUUUAUUUUCGCCGAUGCGUAGAACGAUCGAGGGCUUUCGAUUACUUUACGAGUGCUCUUAAACCCGACCAUUUUACCGCGUACAAGUAUCAUUUUAUACGGUAGAACUCUUUGCACCCGGUUCGAUGAUUUUAAUUCGUGAACUGUUCAAACACCGUCGAGGAUAGAUCUGUUCAUUCUGUUUUCGCUCAUUAAUUUAACUAUCGUCGAGUUUCAUUGUGUCUCUCAUUAUCGAACCCUUGUACAUUAAGUGACUAGUAGUUUCUUUCUCUCUCUCGUUCAUUAUCAUCAUUAUUAAUAUUAUUAAUAUUAUUAUUAUUAUAUUAUUAUUAUUAUUAUUAAUUAUUAUUAUUAUUAUUAUUCACCUUUUUUUAUGUAAAAUAAGACUAAGACAUACCAAAUGAGAAAUGUAAGGACAAGUUUUGUUAGGUUAUAGUACUAUAUCGCAUAUCAAGAACGCAAGAAUACAUGCGCUGAAAGCACUCUGUAUUGCCUAUGCACGUCUCGGUGAAACUCAGUAAUCGAGACGCCACAAGACCACUUUUACUCUAGCAAGAGUAUACGACUAGAAGUAUUAAUAUUUAAUAUUAAUAAUCAACGCGGAUUGUCCAGAAUGGAUGGUCAUGUUUUUGAGGAUCAACGUCGAGCCACCGAACAAAGAAAGGAAAGAACUCGAUUUUAAAUUUCUUUAGAUCGUGUAUCGUUUUCGUUUUGCCUUUUAUAUAUAUAUAUAUAUAAAAAUAUAUAUAUAUACACAUAGAUAUAUACGUAGUUUUAUAUAUCGGCCAUUGAUCCUUGGAAAGUUUCCUACGUCGUCGGACGCUACAUCAGAGAUGGGCAAAAUUUUAUUUAAAUAAGAAGAUACAGUCAUGUGUUCGAUCGAGCAAUCGUUUAAAUAUGCAUCACGAUAUUAAUUUCUUUCUAUAAUUCGAGUUUCAAUUUUUAUUCAACGGGUAACGAAUCGAAAGUCGUUUAUCUUUUAUUCGUUACUCGAAAGUUUUAUCUGGAUAAAACUUCUGCCCAUCUCUGCGCUAGGCGAACUAACGUCUUUUUUCUUCCUUUUUACGAUGCAUCUCUCUUUUAUCCGGAGACAGAUCAUUUUUAAACGCGAAAGUACAAAUUACGUGGGUACUCGUUGACCCUCUCCUGCGAGGCUUUCCUGGUGUAAUAUUUUGACCGUUCAAGGCCACGGAAUUGUAUCCCCCCCUCCCCGGUCGUUUAACUAUUCUAUUGCUUCGUUGCGCAUGGGGAAGUGACCUUGGACCGCCAAAAAAGGGAUUCAGCGAUUUCCUGUAGACAAUUUAAGGGAUCUUCUCGCUUCGCUGCUUCGAUAAAUGGGUUAAAGAAUUUUUCUUUUUAAAGACAUGCGCAUGGUUUCGUCGAUUCUUUAACGAGGUUUUAAAAUUGUUACAGCUAUGUCUAUAGUUGUGCCUGCAAUGUGUGCAAUACCACACCUACUUUCUUAAAAAAAGAAAAAACAUUGAUAUCUUCUUCUUUUAUUCUUCUUCUUUUAUUUUAAUUAAGUUUGGUAUCGCCGGAAAAGAGCUCUCUCUCUCUCUGAAAAUAAUUAUAGCUGUUUCGGACAACGCAGAAAAGCGGCCACUCGAUUUUUCGAAAGCGACAAACGGGAAGAUCUCUUAUAAAAGACGUUUGUAUUGUUUUCUUUGCUUCUGUUUCUUUUUUUCUUUUUUCUUUUUUUUUAAGAUUAAACUUACUCAAAGACUGAUGGCCAUUCAUUAUGGGAGGUUCUUGUAAUAAUCGUAAUCUCACGCUGCGCGAUCAUGCCAGCCGAGCGCAUGAUCGCCGGAAGUACAUCGACGUUGUACGAGAAGACAGGACAAGACUAUAUAGCCUAUUAUUGGCGAACGAUGCCCACGGGCCAUCGUACCAUGAGACUAAAUGAAAAAAAAAAAUCGAUAUCAUAAUUAUGUGUCGUUUGAUAUAAACGAAUAAUUAAUUAUUAGUAUGUAUCAUCGUUUUAUACACAACCUAAUUAUAUCUACGUACACUAUGUACAUUCCUAGUAUACACUGCGAAACACACGUACACACGUGACACACACGGACAUACACACAUACACACGGUACACGUUUACAUACCACGUUGCAUUACACGCGCUCGUACGAAAGAAACAAAAGAUUAAAAAUGGAAAAAAAAAGAA